AUGCGUUUUCAACUAAGCCAAAAUGAUCUUUGGCGCUUAAGUUCAGUUACAUUCAGUAAUCGUGAAUAUCAAGCAUUAGUAUUAAAAACAUCAACAAAAAUAUUAGUUUUAGAUAAAUUACCAGAUUGUACAACAAUGCCUGAUGCAGCAAACGCAUUCCCUGCUCAACGUAUAUCAAGUUUAAAUACAAUAUUAGCUGUGUGUGAAGCAACAGGUGGCAAUGUUGCCGAAGACCUGAGUGAUGUUCACGAAAUUACAAAAAAUUUUAGUCUUGACGAUCUACCAUCUAUCGAGCGUACAUUUCAAAUUAUUUUACAAGAGGUGGACGAAGGAAUACCACCAGAAUAUUCUGGGGUGGUAUAUAAUGUGCCAUAUGAUUAUGUACAAAUGCUUAUUAAAACUCGAGAUAUUCAAGAGACAACCAAAAAUUUUAUAUCGUUUUUCCGUGCAUUAACAUCACUUCAGAAUAUUCUAAAGCCAACACAGUCGUCUACAUCGUGUUUUUCAACAUCGUUCGAUUCAUUUGGAAAAGAAAAUCAAGUUAAGACGAAAUCCUCUAUAUCGUAUACCGACAGUGGAGCAAGAUUACAUCAGUCAUAUGCACCAAGCACAUAUCCAUCAAAAUCGACAUGCAUCUUGGACAACCUCCCUUUAUGGAUCUUUUGCUUACUUAAUGAUACAUUUGAUGCAAACACGUAUAAAAACGGAAGUGAUGAUUUACUCGAACUAGCUUGGACAGUAUUGUGGAAUAAACAUACAACACCCUCACCCGAUUCGCAUAUCGCAACUUCUCAUCCUCCGUUAUCAUCAACAAUUUCAAAAGCCUUAAUUGAUCAGUUCGUUAAAGAUCCACUGAAAUUCUAUGGUCUUAAAAACAAUGUUAUCACAUUGUUAGACGAAAUCGAACAACAAUUGCAAAUUAUGAAUUUAUCUGACCCCGAUAAACUGAACGGAUUAUCGGGGUCAAGUUUAUUUCUUCGAGACGUGAUGUUUUUUUAA